UUCUAUUUUUAAAUACUAGUAUUUUAAAAAUAUUGUGUGUAUCAUGUGUAUUUCGGUGUACAUCUUGAAUAUUAAUUUAAUGUAGUGGCUAUAUUCUCUUUGAUAUUAAUAAACCCAUUUUUAAAAUGGGUAGACAUUUUGGAGACUUAGCUGUUAUCCGAGGUAUAAUUUAUUACAGACUCUCACCUCAUGAACAAAAACCAUUCGCAGGAGCCAUAUCACAUGGAGCUCCCAAUAUGAUACCCAGGAUGACAUCAACCAUCACUUACUGGUUGCCGCCUGUGAUAAUGGCCUUAAUGUUGUAUAAAUACGUGGAAGAAAGCUAUUACGCAUCAAAGAGGAAAAAUUUGAAAGAUUACGAAAAUGAAGUUGAACCAGACCCUUGUAAAACUGUAAAUACAAAAAAAUAAGUUAUUAACCAGAAACGUUAGAAGUUUAAAGUUAUAAAGUAUCGGUAUUUAAUGGACUUACAUUUUAACUACUUAUUUGUAAUAAAAGCAGUUAAGUACGUUAAAU